AUGAAGUUCGGUGUUAAAUUUGGGCGAAUCACAGCGCGCCCCGUCAUACCCCCAGAGCCUAAAGCAGCUGCAGGCCCCAGCUCUGCAGGACGUCGCCCGAUGGAAACGACGCCCCCGAAGGCGGACUUCGUGAAGUGGCUGCGCCAACAGCCUCUGCCCAACAGCUUCGACGAAACGGUGGAUUUCAUCAGGAGGGCCCCCGUGUCCUUCGAAACCAAGGAGGCGAUUCUCAAGAACCUUUUGCCAGUCCAGAAUGCUCAGGAGGAGGAUGGUGGGGUCGUGUACAUCGUCCUCCAUUACGAGGGCAUUGGCUAUCAUGCCCUGGACCGCAGCGACUACAAGGAAGCCUUCUACGAGAUGGCCCGCCAGAAGUACCGCGUUGUCACCCUGGUUGGGCCAAGGCGCACGGGCAAGAGCAUGGGCGUGGUUAACGCUCUCCUUGACGUUCGGGCCGAUCUGGCCGAGGCAGAAGGCCGGGGGCGUGAUGCAGCGAUCUUCUACCACGAGGCGGUCCUGGACCUGCGCCAUUCACAGAUCAAGACUCUGAUCGCCAUCCUGGCAUUUCUCGACAUUCCAAUCGUCUGUGACGAAUACGUGUGCGCCGGGUCCCCGGGGGGGGAGCAACUGGCCCUUUCCAUAAAGGCUUACCUGGACGAUGCGGUAUUCGGCAACAUUCCCAUCGGGCCUCUUGGCCUCAUCCUCAUGGGAAGUGAGCACGGCCCCAUUGUCCGGGCAUGCCAGCAGUCCCUCAACGGCAUGUCGCACCGAGGAGCAGCUCCGUCGCCGGUUGCACUUCCCAUGCCAACCUACUCGCAGCUCUGGUCGAUCUAUGCCCGCCGCCAGCAGAUGGAGGCGGCAGUUUUCGACCCCGCAGUGUUUCUGAGGCGCGUCACGUGUUCCGGCUUUAAUUUGGCCGAUCAUGUUGAGGGUACGAGCCCAACCCCGGAGGAGUUGUUGGCACGCGGAUUGAAGAGCGCUAUUCUCUUACCCGAUGAGGAUCAGUCUCAUGUCCAGCGUCUGGUGGAGCACGGCUUCAUUGCCCCCAAGCCUCUCAGCAAGCACUCUCUGUACGAGCCCCUCGACGCGCGAAUCCUGGCGAUCCAGGUGCUGGGACAAAAGGACGGGUCCAUCAACCGAGCGGAAGGGAAGGUGCUGGAGCUGAUUUUGCGGAGUGGAGAGGCGAUUGCCUUCUGGAAGCACCGGUACAACAUUCAGGGAGAAGUAGUGGCGUUUUCGGGGGAUUUUGCCUACAGCAAGAAGGAAUUUACCUGCGAAAUCGAUCUGCUACUGUUCGAGACCCUGGAUGGACUUACCUCAGCGUACUUUUUCUCCGCCAAGCGCCUAGAGGAAAGACAGAGAUUCAAGGAGUCCUUUACGGACCACCUCAGCAAGUUCUAUGUUGCGGGGCCGGUCGAGGCAAGAGAACUUCUGAAGAUAACGACCAAGGUUACGUUCGUGGCCUUCAGCGCCGUCCCGCACCAUCAUCCGUUUGCUGUGGCGAACCUUGGAGAGCGCAUGGAGCUAGAGGUGGGCAGAGAAACGAAGACAAGAUUGGAGUUUGGUUGCGUGACCGACCGUGUGCUGCUAGGAGACAUGCUGCAAGAGAUUGCGACGCGGAGAAAUUGGGAAUGGAAGCCGGUGGUCUUGAUCCAGUCUGUGCUGUAAUCCAGCUGAAAAUCAGAAUGAGUGAUUGCUACUUUGGGUACACUCUGACUGUUCGCAGGGAUUAUCCACGUAUUGGAUGCAUGCUGGUGCACUUGAUGCAACACUGACAGGUGAUAAAUUGACAUGCAGAACCGAGGUUUGCACACUGGCAGGCUAUGGCGCUAGUGUCAUAUGCAUUGACCACAACGAUCGAUGCACUUGGGUUCUUUAUCAAGCUCGAUUUCAUGUCUUGUAGCGAUUAUUGCAUAUUCUGCCCAACCUGGCUCUAUCGUACUGGAAAAACCAUAUUAACC